UCUCAGAAGCAAGCAGACCCGGACACACUGUCGGCUGUGGAACCACGUGACCGUUCUUCUAACUUCUCAUUGGCUAAUACUAUCGCGUGACCGGAAAAACAAGCGAGCGGGUUUCCCGUUCAAACUUGCACGCGCUGCCCGUUCGUCGGAGUUCUGGUUAGUGUGGACCUGCGGAGAAACGGAGCAGAACCGAGCUGUGGCUCACGACCUAAACGAUUCCAACAUGUCUGAAGAGACUCCACCUGAAGGAGGGUCAUCCCAGACCCAGUCCACCAUUUCCCCAUCCCAGACCAGGUCCCAGUCCCAGUCUGGUUCCGGUUCAUCUAGUGGGCCCACCUCAGGCAGCCAGUCGUCCGGCUCGGGGACUCUGAGCAGUGUGGACACCAUCCCAGUCACCUUACCGUCUGUCCCAGAAGAACCGGAACCACAGCCUUGGGGCCGACUGCUGCCCAUGACCCAGGCCUUUAGGAGCCACGACUGCGUGGAGGACCAGUACCUGUUUGGACGGGACUCCAGGUGUGACUACGUCCUGGACGAUCCCCGUGAAAAAGGCUCUGAAAAGUUCCGGAUCUACAGCAAGAAGCACUUCCGGAUCUAUCGAGACGGUUCUGAGGUCUUCGUCGAAGACUACAGUAACAACGGAACCUUUGUGGACGGAGUUCUGGUCGGUAAAAAGAGGAAACUACCUCUGGUCAACAACUCCGUUCUGUCUCUGGCGGAGCAACGGAACCGAGUUUUUGUCUUCAUUGACUUGAUGUCAGACGACCAGUCCAGUCUACCCGUCGGUCUCCGGGAGAAAUAUGUGCUGACCCGGCGGAUCGGAACAGGUGUGUGUGGUGAGGUGCGACUGGCCUUUGAGAGAUCCACCUGCAGGAAGGUCGCUGUGAAAAUCAUCAAUAAGAAGAACUUCCAGUCUGAGGGGACGGCGACCCGAAACGCAGAGACGGAGAUCAAGAUCCUAAAGCUGGUUGACCACCCUUGUCUCAUAAAGACAGAGGACUUUUAUCAGACGGAGGACAGUUACUACAUCAUACUGGAGCUGAUGGAGGGGGGAGAGCUCUUUCACAGAGUAAAACUUCACCAAAAGCUGAAGGAAGACGUGGCUAAACUUUAUUUCUAUCAGAUGCUUUGUGCUGUUCAGUAUCUCCACGAUAACGGGAUAAUCCAUCGAGACCUGAAGCCAGAGAACAUUCUGCUAGCAUCUAACGAGGACGUUUGUCUCAUAAAGGUGACAGACUUUAACCAGUCCAGGAUCCUGGAGGAGGCGGCCCUCGUGCGGACUUUGUGUGGGACUCCAUACUACGUGGCUCCGGAAGUCCUCACCCAUGCCUCCACCACCGGCUACGGAAUUGAGGUGGACGCCUGGAGCCUUGGAGUCUUGCUUUUUGUCUGCCUGAGCGGCUACACUCCAUUCCACGAGAACUUCAGCAAACUAUCAGUCACAGAACAGAUCAUCAGAGGGGAGUUCACCAUGGUCCCGUCCAAGUGGAAAAACAUCUCUGACCAAGCUAAAGAUGUGGUGAGAAAGCUGCUUGAGGUCGAUCCUAGCAAGAGGAUGACCAUCCGUGAAGCGCUCCAGCACCCCUGGUUAAAGGAUCAGCUGAUGCUGGAGACUGCUCGUCGGCUCAUGUACCCAUCAGGAGACGCUCCUCCACCUGCUGCACAGGAAGUGGAGUCAUCAGAAAAAAUGAUAAGAAAACGAGGAAGAGGGGAUGGCGAAGAGCUGGCCCCGCCCCCAGCUAAGCGAAGCCAGGCUUCGCCUCCUGUCCCCGUCUAGAGGACUCAAAGCUGCUGUUUAGUUUUGUUUUUUUAAUUUUAUUUGAUGAAAGUUUGUUGUCUGAUUCAGUUUGACAGUGAUGAAUGCCAGAGUAGAUCACGGUUCUGAUGGAGCUCACAUGGACCAGAAGAGCUCUGAACUCAGAGGAACCACUCAGAGACAGGAAAUGAGAAUUUGCAGAUUUAUUUCUAUUUUUGUUACGACUUUUAAAAGUGCAUUAAGUGCAAUUAAAGGUGUUAAAGAUUGCCGACUGGA